UUAAGCAGACUGUGCUGAGCAUGGAGCCCAGUAUGGGGUUCCAUCUCAUGAUCCUGAGAUCACUACCAAGCGUUGGAGGUUUAAAAAAAAAAAAAAAGCUCUCUCCUUUCCGCCACCAUCCUGGUUGCAUGUGGUUGACUGUGAUCGCCAUGUCUUCUCAUGAGACUUUCAGAAUCAAGCGAUUCCUGGCCAAGAAACAAAAGCAGAAUCGUCCUAUUCCCCAGUGGAUUCAGAUGAAAACUGGUAAUAAAAUCAGGUACAACUCCAAGAGGAGAUACUGGAGAAGAACCAAGCUGGGUCUAUGAGGAAGCAUCGCACAUCAUGAAAUAGCAAACAUAAUUGGCACACGUAUUUAAGCCGCAUGGAGAUCACUUGUUCCUAUCCUAUCAAUAUGGAAACAUCCUUCCUACCUGGCCAAUAGACAUGUCUUAUCAAGGGAAUGAUUUUCUCUGUGAAUAUGCCUCUAUACCAGUAGAUUGGUUCAGUAAUAAAUGUGAGACCUGUCAGCUGAGCUGCUGUUGUGUCCUGAUUUGUGAAGUACUGAAUUCCCCCUCCUGUCAGAUCUCACAUAGCACUGUCUGAUAGAACUUUCUGCAAUGAUAGAAAUGGCCCUUGACAACAAAGUAUUUAAAGUGUGGCUAGGGGAUGCCUGUGUGGCUCUGUCUGCUAAGCAUCUGCCUUUGGCUCAGGUCUUGACAGGGAGUCAGCAUGUCUCCCUCUCU